UCACCAAAGCGCCUGGGGGAAAAAACGCAGGCGACAAAUUUCCUCGUGUGCCACAGCCCUUAAGUAUUGAGUAUCACCAACGGAUAGAGGAACCCUAUACAAAUGGCAGAAGGAAGAGUGCUUGCAAUGCUCUUUACAUUGCAUCAGAUACAAUUUGCAAUUGCUGCCCUGUGUGUUUAUGAAAUGAUAUUAUGCCCUUCCAUGCAGCUCAACAGUCUGUCAACAGAUCGCCACAUUCAGGAGACCAUAUUUCAUUUGGUCCAUCCAAGUCAGAUGAGAGCCCAACAACAAUUAGUCAACCAACAACUUCUUUCCCUGAACAUUCCACCAUGGAGCUGGGAUUUAAGAGUCUGGUGUCUGAAGACCCAAGGAGAAAAAUGGAAACACCCAACCACCAUGACUAUGAAACAAAUCAGAUUGUUCAGGCUUCUACAGUAAAACCCAGACCAGCAGACACCAAAGUAGCAGAGGUAUCAGAGACAACAGAAGCACAGAAGAUAAAAGAAGCUGAUAUCAUGGCAGUUCAUGAACAUGUUACUAGAUCGCCUUCAGCACAGUCAUCCCUCCCAUCAGAAUCCAAGCCAGAUGGAACCUCCACAGUGAUCAGUGAACUCAUAACUCCAUCUGAACCCGAGCGCAAACUAUCACAGGAUCUUGAUUUUAAGACUGAAAAGCUGAUCAAAGCUUUCUUCAACUUUAGUGGUAAGAAACCGGUUCUCAGAAAUGAUGAAAGCCCAAGUCACUAUCCUACAGUAAAUACUACAGAGAGUACUCAAGCCUCUAUCAUACCUACCAAAGCACCAAAAACCACAGCAGCAGGAACACCAGGGGCAAUAGCGCUGAACGAUCCUGAGGUUUUUAAAUCAUUAUGUAAAAUCCUUCUCUCUUUUUCCUGCAUGGAACCUCCUCCAAUCAUUCAGCAGUGGAAAGAAUUAGAGGAGAAAUCACUCGGAGUCGGAAAUAUGGUGUGUGACAGUUGGGGCCGCCAGCACAUGGAUAUGUUUCCAUUCUCUGCAUUUUGUUCUCUGAAGGUGGAACAGUGUAAAGGAUCUAAAGAUUUGCUCAGGGUGCCCUGCACUAACCGAAACUACAAAACCUACUUGUCUCCUUCCAUACCCCUGGACUCAUGGACUCCAGGAUAUGAGAUUACAACGACGGACACAGAAUUUUUUGCUGGGCUCCCAGAGUAUUCAGGUCACAGUUCUGUAUUUUGGUGCGCUCGCCUAGCUCUCUCUGGCUGCCAGGAUCUGGCCGUGUCCCGAUGGCUUAGUGCCGAGUAUGCUGCCUAUCAGAUGGGAGACUUCCCAGACCAGAUCUGUGACAGUGAAGAUUCCAUGUAUCCCACAUACUGCGCAUUCAAGAGCAGACAGUGCCUAAUGAAAAAGUAUAACCAAAAACUGUACAGAACCGGUUGUUUCCAGGAACAAAAAUACACCAAGUUCAGUGAGGAAGAGGCAGAGGAAUUAGUCCAGAGUUGGAUAAACAAAUAUGAUUUUUCUUAAAGAUACAAACUCCGUCUGUAUACCCCUACCAGGGCAAGCAUCAGUGUGGGCAGCAAUGCUGUCAUGGGUCCUGUUGAUAAAUGGCGUCCAGACUACCACUAAAGGGCAAGGGUUACCCACAAAAGGGGUAGCAUUCAGACAUGAACAGUCAGAACAUCAGUGUGUCCCCCCCAAAAAGCAACAGACAUAAGAAAUAAUUAUUCAAUAACAGACUUAAACAAGUGGACCACUGAAAGCCUUACAAAUAUGGGCCUUGCCCAGAGGUGCAUCUAUUGCUGCUGUCUGCCUCAAAAAUGUACUUUUGACACUGAAACAGACUAAUAAACACCUAUUAAACCAUAAA